UCACGACACCCUGUACCCAGCUGUAACCCACCCUCUCCCCUGUUUUCUUCUCCCUUUAUGUUACCUCCCUCUUCUUCAACCAACACACUCACACAUACUCCUUUUUCCGUUAUUACCCUAAAACAUCCUCCAUCUACAACACACACUCUUACUCUUACUAAUCCAACCUCCUUUGCCCCUCAUGCACUACCAUUAACAUUACCCUCUCUUUUUUUUCUCCCUCACGAACCUUCAUUUCUUCUCCCGCCAUGGAUCCUUGCCCUUUCGUGAGGCUCACAGUCGGCAACCUCGCCCUCAAAAUUCCCGUUGCUUCUAAACCCGCGCUCUCCGUUGUUCAUCCUUCUUCUUCUCCUUGUUUCUGCAAAAUCAAGCUCAAGAAUUUUCCUCUUCAAUCCGCCGUCGUUCCUUUCAUUCCUCCGGAAAGCCACUUCCCCGACUCGCAGGUGCAUCCUAUUGCCGCCACGUUCCACCUCAGCAAGUCCGAUAUCGACAAGCUCGCCGGAAAAUCCAUCUUCGCCGGGAAGCUCUGCCUCAAAAUCUCGAUCUACACCGGCCGGAGAGGCACCACCUGCGGCGUCAGCUCCGGGAGACUCCUCGGCCGAGUUUCCGUGCCCUUGGAUCUCACCGGAACGGUAGCCAAGACCACAGUGUUCCACAAUGGUUGGAUUAGGAUAGGAAAAGAUGCCAAAGGCUCCUCCGCGCAGUUUCAUUUGAAUGUAAAAGCCGAACCCGAUCCUAGAUUUGUCUUCCAGUUCGACGGCGAACCUGAAUGCAGUCCUCAAGUUUUCCAGAUCCAAGGCAACAUUUCACAACCUGUUUUUACCUGCAAGUUCAGUUUCAGAAACAAUGGCGACCGGAAUCACCGUUCCAGAUCGUUACAAUCGGAACCAGGAGGUUCUAGAAGCUGGUUGAGUUCGUUCGGAAGCGAGCGCGAGAGGCCGGGGAAGGAGCGCAAAGGAUGGUCCAUAACGGUUCACGAUCUUUCCGGUUCACCGGUGGCCGCAGCUUCCAUGGUCACGCCUUUCGUCGCUUCGCCCGGUUCGGACCGGGUGAGCUGCUCCAACCCCGGCUCGUGGCUCAUUCUUCGUCCUAGCGACGGCACGUGGAAGCCCUGGGGGAGGCUCGAGGCGUGGCGCGAACGCGGCGGCUCCGACGGCCUCGGCUACCGUUUCGAACUCAUUCCGGACACCAACGGCGGUAUGAGCGCCGCCGGCAUAGUGCUUGCGGAAUCCACGCUGAGCAAUAACAAAGGUGGAAAGUUCGUCAUCGAUUUGAGUUGUCGUAACGGUAACGUUAGCGGAAACGGUGGAUCUAAUGGCCGUGCGACGCCGGGGAGCGCGACGUCGCCGGCGUGCAGCCCGAGGAGUAGUGGAGAUUAUGGAUACGGCCUCUGGCCUUAUUGUAUGUAUAGAGGUUUUGUAAUGUCGGCGAGCGUGGAGGGUGAGGGGAGGUGCAGCAAGCCUACAGUGGAGGUGAGCGUGCCGCACGUGAAUUGCACGGAGGAUGCGGCGGCGUUUGUGGCUUUAGCGGCUGCCGUUGAUCUGAGCGUGGAUGCGUGCAGGCUUUUCUCGCAACGGCUGAGGAAGGAACUGUGCCAGCAGCUGGAUUUGAUUGGCUGAUUCCGCCGUUUUUCUUUGUCGUUUUUUCUAAUAUUUUUGUUUAAUGGGGUUGUUCAUUUUGAGUGAGAAGCAUUUUACUACUAACAAACAAUUUACAGGCUGUACAGGGGAAGGAGAGAGUAUUGCAGUGCGCGCUGUCUAUUCACGUGUGGCUUUUCAUUGAUUUUCUCUCUUCUUUUUUCAUCAGUUGUGGGGAAUCAAGAAAAAGCUUUUUUGUUUUGAAUUUUUUUUUUAGCAGAACUCUGCUGCUGCACAUUCGUGUUUAUAUUAUUUUCUGUAUCUUUCAUUGUUUUGGGUUAUUUAAGCUGUAAACGCUAGUCUCCCAACAUAUUGCAUUUUUUUGUACAGUGCACAUAUUACUUUCUGUAUUAAAAACUGACAACCAAUUAGUAUUAAUGAAGUAGUACAAAUUAAGUCGA